AUGGAGAGGCUGCCAGAACUCGAGCAGACUCAAAAGACUACACAUUCGGCUGUAACGAAGAUGAGCCAACGAGGCAACCCGCCUCAAAGCGAAUCCUCCGAGUCAGAGGAUUCGAGCAGCGAGAGUUCGGACUCAGAUGAUUCAAGUAGCGAUAGCUCAGACUCAGAAGAUUCAAGCAGCGAAAGCUCGGAAUCUGAAUCGGACGACCCCCAGCCGUCUACCUCUACGACGACGAAGCCCGAGCGGCCGAAUCGCAAUACAGGGAGCAGUAACAUACCUGUUAAAGCUUUGGACGGGAUGAAAGAAAAAUCGGAGAGUAAGAAAACGGACGAAAAAGAAACAGAGGGAGAAGGAACAGCUAGGAAUCAAGAGGAUGGAGCAGCGGCGAUCAAAAAAGCGACAGGGCGAAAGAGCAAGGAUGUAUCGGUAGGAAAAGCUACCAUAGUCGAGAAGGAAGUGGUAGUGGUAGAGACAGAGGUGGUGGAGAAGAAUCAAAGAGAGGAUAACGACGGCCAACAACAUGCUUCAGGCAACCACUCUUCAGAUAAGUCUUCCCGAGGCCGCAAACGGGCUAUGUCACUUUCGCCGUCAGAAUCCGAUUCAAACGAAAACACGAGACGUCGCAAAAAAACUCGUCAAGAGAAGCGGGCUCCAUCAAACAAAGGAGAGCUCGAAGCAAAGAAGAAGAUGUUGGCCGAGGGCCUCCGCAAGGCUUUAGAGAAAGAGCGUUUGAUGGAGCUAAACAUACACUCGCAACCCGCUUCAACUUCUCCACUUCCUCAACUUCCUCAGCCUCAACCGUUGCAAUCUCAAUCUCCCGAAGCUUCUGUGACAAUAAAGAUAGAAGAAACCGAAUCGCCAUCGGGUGCCUUGGUUCGGAGGAGAGAAGUAUCCCUCUCUGAGUUCUAUUCACAAUGCUUCGACAAUGUGCGGACUUUCUUUCGCAGACGUAAUUAUGGUCACCCCGAUGUUAUGGCCAGACUCGAGAAAUCCGGCUUCACUGAGUAUGAACUUCGCUCUAUGAAAGGUCUCGACCAGCGUACCCUCGUUACACGAUUCAGCCUUUUGCUCUCGGAUGGAUGUUUUAAAUCGGCUCAGCUCGAGAGUCUGUCUUUUGCUGUAUUUGCUGCCUCCCCGACCGAUUGGGAUGUACUGCACCCUGUUAUGGAAUUGGUCAUACCUACUACACCACCACCACCAUAG